GGAAGCAGCGGGCGCUGUUAGAGGAGGAGGUGGCGGUGGCGGUGCUGCUGCUGUUGCAGCUGCGGGCAGAGCCUCCCCCUCCCGCCGGGCCGGGCGGGGCGGGCUCCGGGGCCGAGAUGUCUCAGGAGCGGCCCAAGUUCUACCGGCAAGAGCUGAAUAAGACGGUGUGGGAGGUGCCCGAGCGCUACCAGAACCUCUCCCCGGUCGGUUCCGGGGCCUACGGCUCCGUGUGUUCUGCCUUUGACACAAAAACUGGGUUACGUGUGGCUGUAAAGAAGCUGUCCCGACCAUUUCAGUCUAUCAUCCAUGCCAAAAGGACCUACAGAGAGCUACGGCUCCUUAAGCACAUGAAACACGAAAAUGUGAUUGGCUUGUUGGAUGUGUUCACCCCUGCCAAGUCACUAGAAGAGUUCAAUGAUGUAUACUUGGUGACACACCUUAUGGGAGCAGAUCUGAACAACAUUGUGAAAUGUCAGAAACUCACCGAUGACCAUGUGCAGUUCCUCAUAUACCAAAUUCUUCGGGGACUGAAGUAUAUCCAUUCAGCUGACAUAAUACACAGGGAUUUAAAACCUAGUAACUUAGCUGUAAACGAAGACUGUGAGCUAAAGAUCCUGGAUUUUGGCCUGGCCCGACACACAGACGAUGAGAUGACCGGGUACGUGGCUACUCGAUGGUACAGGGCUCCUGAGAUCAUGCUGAACUGGAUGCAUUACAACCAGACAGUUGAUAUUUGGUCAGUGGGAUGCAUUAUGGCUGAACUGUUGACUGGAAGAACGUUGUUUCCUGGUACAGACCAUAUUGAUCAGUUGAAGCUCAUUUUGAGACUCGUUGGAACACCAGGGCCUGAGCUUUUGAAGAAAAUCUCCUCAGAGUCUGCAAGAAACUACAUCCAGUCUUUGUCUUACAUGCCGAAAAUGAACUUUGAAAAUGUGUUUAUUGGUGCCAAUCCGCUAGCUGUGGACUUGCUAGAGAAGAUGUUGGUACUGGAUACAGACAAACGAAUUACUGCAGCGGAAGCGCUGGCUCAUGCCUACUUUGCUCAGUAUCACGACCCAGAUGAUGAACCAGUGGCAGACCCCUAUGACCAGUCUUUUGAAAGCAGAGAACUUGAGAUUGAAGAAUGGAAAAGCCUGACUUACGAUGAAGUCAUCAGCUUUGUGCCCCCACCGCUUGACCAAGAGGAGAUGGAGUCCUGAGAAGCUGCUCUUGUCUCUUUGCCCCACGUCACUGUGAGGGGAAGGCCUUUUCCUACGGACUCUCCAACUAUUGUUCAAGUGCCUCAUCACGACAAUAUUCUCCUUGGUGGAGGGGUUUUGUGUGUGUUGAACUGGGGAGGGAGGGGGGGAAGGAAGCUGAGUCUCCUGUGCCUGUUCAGCCUGGGGCAGAGCCUCUGCAGACCCGCUCGGCGGCGCGUCGGUCCCGCCGCAGCGACUGCGUUCACCCAGUUCUCGCUGCUGGGCAAGGCGGGGAAGCUGAUAUGUAAAGUUUGGUUACAAUUGUUGCCAUUUAUCAGUUCUUCUACAAUUAAGGUAACCUCAAAAUAAUGGAGGUUGGUUCAUAGGCUGAGAGGCCUGUUUUCUUCAGAACUGAUGGUGGGGUUGGGGGAUGUCCUUGUUUGGUGCCAGAUUGCUGAUGUACAUCCAGAUCUUCCUGGUACAGUAGAACAUACAGGCCUUCCAGUGUCUGGUUCUUGGGACAUGAAAAGGUUUUGUUUGGAACUGUAAAUAUGUUUGUGCCUUAAAUUGAAUAGGGAGAGAGGGAAAGCAAGUCUGGAGUGGAAAUCUCUGACGCUGCUGUUUUUCAGGGCGAAGGCUCCCGGGUAGCCAGGUGUGGUGUAAUCAGGAAAUAGCCUUCCGAGGCAAGAGCCCCUACCCCGGAUUGGGUAUUUCUGUAUUUUUCCCUCUUCCCUUUCUCUUGUUCUGAGGCUCCCCAGCAUUAGUUCCCAAGAGACGGAGUCUGGAGAAGAUUCUUGCUAGCCACACAUUUGUGUAUUUUGUUCCUUAACAGGUGGGUGUUUGUGCAUGUUGUAGCUGUAUGUGCAUGUGAAGCUUCUUGAUUUUUGUAGUUACCUUUUUGGGGAUGGCACUGGGUCGGUUAAAUCACCAGUGAACUAUUUUACUGAGUACCUCAGCCAGUGCCAUAAAAUCGCAGCAUCCUUCCUCUUGUGCCACAGCUCAUUGUGAAAUACCCGCCAUUCUGGAGCUUUGAUGGGGAAAGGGUAAAAUGUAGGGCAUAGAAACAGGCACGUUUUGCGUUGUUCUGACCUCCUGGUUUAAGAGGAGGAGAGCUUGGGACCGAGGGUUUCCUGCGAGAUAAGUGUAAGAAAUGUUCUUCAAAGAAACAGCUACAGCAUCUUGUGCCAAAACGUAAGUUAUUUUCUGAAAAUAAGUUUUUUAGGAGUAUUGGAAUCCAAAGCAAAGAAAUAAGCAUUCAUAAAACCACAAUCUCCCUUUCACUCUCUAUAUCAAUAAGUAGUUAUAUAUAGAAAACUAACAUUUACUAGAGGUCGUUUUACCCUCUUAUCUAAGAGCUUCUUGGCUGUUUUUUAGCAGGUUGAUCUCAGCCUGAGGAAACAUGAAAAGGGAGCAUGUUUGAAUACAAAUAUUGUGUAUUUUCUAGUAGGACUCUGUGUGGAUGAAACGCCAGAGCUGAAGGGAGGCUUCUCGGCGUUUGUGUGCUGGAACCGUAGCAGGGGAGCCCAGGAGCCCCAUGUUAGGGCUCAUGGGGCGGAUGACUUUCAGACACGGGGUUGUUGCAAGCAUCCUGUGUGGACGAUAUACCUGCGUAGGUGAGAAAAAAGGCUUUUUCGCAGUAUUUUAUGUUCUUGUUACUGAUGGGACAGAGAAGGAACUGUUUGUAGUAGUUUUACCCCGUGUUUGAAGACGCAGCACAAAUGGAUGGGACAUGGAUGAUAAAGCCAUUGAUUCUUCCUAGGCUACUUUCCAGUGAUCUCUUCAGGUCAAACAGUUAAUUAAGGUCUGGGGUGAGAUGGAGAGAGUAGUUAUUUCCUGCUCUGGGGUAAAGCUCUGCUCAGCCCAACAAAAUCCAGACAGUAAACCUCUCUUUUCUGCUGGACCAGCAGUCCAGGUAUCCAAAUGAAAAUAUAGAUACACUAUGUAAAUCUACAGCAAGAUUAUUUUUAUCAGCCAUUUUAUGUGUAGAUGCUACAAUGUGAUUUUAUGUGGAAAUACUGCUAAAGAUUUUUAAAAAUAUAGAUGUUGUGUGUGUGUCUGUGUGGGUGUGUGAGUGGGAAGGUCUCAUUCGUGUGCUCCCUGCCUCAGCACAAGGCCUAAGGUACAGGAGGACUCGCUUCAAAGACAAGAUCUGCAAUUUUGUUUCUAUCCAUGAAUUUUGCUGUAAUUGGUUAUGCCAGAUAAGAUGUCACAAUACCACUGGUUAAAAAUAAAAGCUAUUUUUCAGA